CCCGCUCAAGCCGAAGCCAAAGCGGGGGAUUCGGACAGUCCCAUUUUGUAAACAUUAACAGCUGUUUCGUCUUCCUUCUGCUUCGGCCACGUCUGGUUCUUAUCCGGAAAUACACCGCCUUAUCCGGACUAUGACUGCAUGAGUGAUUGCUUGCGUGUCAGGUCGUGGUUGUCGCCGGAAAUAAGCCGGAAAUAAGUCCUUGCAAGAUGCAGGUCAAGGAGAAGGAGAGAGGAUUGGUCUGGGGUCUCCUCGAGUCAGCAGGGGACACUAAUGAGGGUGUACGGCAGACAGUUGCUGGAUCCCUCAUAACGCUGGGCCACAAGCAUCCUGGCUUUGUUUUGUCGUCAAUUCAUAAGUUUAUUUCAAGUCCACAGACGGCACCAAAGGUGCAGGUACAAUCCAUAUUAUACAAUACAGCAGAGAACAUAGUGCGUGAAUGUGGUGAAAAGAUUGACGACAAGGAGUUGAUAGACACAUGGACAGAUGCAGCAGUUAAACUUUUAACAUUGCCUUCUGUGGCACCAGAUCUGCAAGAAGCUGCGUCAGGCUUGAUGGUUGCUUUGGGCAGUAAUCCCAAGCAUUGUUCAGCUGUGAUGGAGACUUUAGUUGGUCAAAUUCAGGCUGGCACCCUCCCUUCACAAAGCAUUGCAGAGACUCUAGGUGCACUGGCUGUUGUUAAUGUCACAGGAACUGUCCCUUUCAUUAAAGUCUUGUUGGGUUUAAUUGUGCAGUGUCUUCCAUCAGUAAAGCAGGACAACUUGAAAGUGGCUUUAGCAAUGAUGCUGAGCAAGUUCUGUGAGACAAUUCAGGAGGCAAUAGCAAACAAGGAACCUGAUCCUGACAUCAGUGUGGAAGCUUACAUGACAGAGAGUGCUGCAAUAUUUGAAGCCUUAGUUAGCCUUUGGUUAAAGAGCUCCAAUUCUCUAGUUCGCCAAGAGACGAUUGUUUGCUUGGGGCACAUGAGCCAUCUCCUCCCUAAGGAGAAACUAGAGGAACUUGCAGGGUUAGUGGUAACGACCAUUCUCUCUCUGUAUCGGAAGGCUUCAUCCCCGUACAGUCUUACCUUCUCCCUGGCUCUAAUCACUGAUGCAAUGCUAAAGAAUAACCUCACCGAAGGCAUGAAGUUCCAUGUUGACCAUUUACUAGGUUGUGUGUUCAACCAGGUGUGUGUUAUUCCUAAUUAUUCAGAGCCAUUCACUGUAAAGAACCAUUAUGAAGUUCUAAGAUGUUAUGAACUUCUGGCAAAACAUUUUCCAGAAAAUGUCAUGACACACUUGCUGCAGAGGUUAGAGAAUGCAAGUCACAUGCAGAGGGUAGGUGCCUUGAUAGUAUCAAAGCACCUUGUAAAUAGCAAGACCCUGACUGACGCUAAUAUAUCUAACUUGAUAUCAGCAUUGAAUCCUCUCCUAAGUGAUCCCAACAGUAAAGUGGUAAAGAGUUUUACACAGGUUAUUGUUGCUCUCUGCCAUAAUUGCCAUUUGGAUGCACAGAGUGGCGCUCCCUUCAUUACAUACCUAGUGAAACACUCGGCUGGGGUAUCAACACCUCAGACACGAAGACCUUCUCUUGCUGAGCCAGAUGGAGAAUCGGUGUCUGAGGUAAGUCGUAGGGUGCUCCAUCUUUUGGCUACGACUGUGGAUGGGGCCAGGCCAUUAUUGUGGCCUCAUUUGUUGAACUUUGUAUGUACUCCUGAGUAUGAGACAAGUUUAGCAACUACUCUAGGUUGUCUGGCUCAUCUUGCCAACAACAGUAAACCAGAAGAAGAGAAAGGGCCACUGUUAACAGGCCCACCAGGUCCUCCAACGGCCCAUGUCUUGCUGGCACGUCUUUUAGUGCUGAGCUGCAUUCCUGGAGAUGGAACCAUAGGCACUGCAGCUCUCACACUUCUUCAAGGUUUAGCACCACAUGUCAACCCUCAAGUGGUGGAACCCUGGAGCCAGCACCUCCCACAGCUGCUGGCAACAUUGCAUGAUUUUACAGCGAAAGGGGAUGCUGAACCAUCAGCAAUUCAGAUGUGGCACGAUUCUCUCAGGGAUUUCCUUGCAUCCACAAUCAUGAACAUCAACAGUGAAGAAUUUACUAUUAGUGUUGGAGUGGCUCAGAUGGACCAACUUCACCUAUAUGAUAAACAGCAGGCACAGCUCUGUUUCUUGAUGUCGCUGAUUGGAGUCACGUUAAAGCACAUGUCCAAUAAAACCUUUGUGGCCACAACCCUCGACUCUUUGUUCAAUGCUACUAGUCAUAAAUCAGCGGUUGAGCGAGAGAGCCUGGCCUUGUCUGUAGGUACCGCAGCUGCUACUCAUACAGACCUUGUUCUAACUCACAUAGACAUGUGGCUCAAGACAGCAGAUCCUGCCAAAAAAUCCCUGUCAUUCUUCAAUUUGAUCAAGCAAGAUACACGAGUGGAAGAAUCGUCCUGGAUGCGAGCCAGUAUAGUGUUAUGCCUCGGACAGAUUUCCACUUUGGCUCCAGCAAGUGUAAUUGGAAGCCGUGUCGAUGGCCCCAUCAUGCUUCAUCUUCUUAAUAUCAUUAAUAGUAACAAGAGUGAAAUGGUGAAUGAAGCAGUUCUGCACGCUAUUAGCAAUAUUGCCCGGGCCCUUACUCGCCUCCCAGACUUCAAGCUUCGUCAACGGCCUUUGCUUAUUACACAUCUAGUCAACACAUCCAGGAGCGAAGGCCUUCCACAUCCUGUGCUUGCUAGCGUCCUGCAGGCCCUGAGAGAUCUUGCUGCUCUUGAGCCACAGCUGAAUGUAGAAGAGAGAACAAUCAUUCUGCAAGCAGGACUGAAUGCUACAUUGCCACGUUUCUCUCAAGCGGAGAAUGUUGACCCAUACCUUACGAAAUGCAAUGCCCAACUAAGUGUUCUCAUCAGAACUAUCAUUCAGAAGGACACAAAUCCAGCCACCUUAGAUGAUGUGACAACACUUCUGCAGUCAUGGACAGUUGCACCUGCUGAGCUAAUAAGGAUUAAAUCUGUUGAACUCCUUCACACAGCACUUCGUACUUAUUAUGACCAUUUAACCUUUACAAUUGAGGGACCAACAAACUUCAACCAGACCUGUCAACUUCUGGCCUUCCUUACACCUCGCCUGAGUGACCCAAGCUCCCAAGUGCGAACACAAGCAGUGGGCAGUGUCUACAUGGUGUUACGCAUAGCAGGACGUUACAAUGGCCAGACUCCUGAUCACGCUGAUGAUGACCUCGAACUGCUGAAGACUGCUGAAGAACAGAUAUCAGUUGAUGACCCACAGAGGAUAGACAACCUUGUCAAGGAUGUUGGCACGGUCAUUAGCAACAAGUUAACAUUUGUGCAGCUGAGGUCGUUCUUAUCAUGUGUAGUCGUGGGUCUGCAGGACAGAUUAGGAGAGUCCUCAUCGGGAGUUGCACUUGUAAUUACCACUAUAUUUACUCUCCGUGGACAUCAGCUUCACCAGCACAUAAAGGAGAUCCUAGAUUCAAUAUACACUCGCCUUGAGAAGGUUAGUCACAAGGAGACUCGGAAGAGAUCCGUGGAAGCACUGACUCAACUGUCUGCUCACAACCUGAAUCUAGUCUUGGAUACCAUGCUCAAUUAUCCUCUUCCAUAUGAAAGUGGCGUGUCAGGUACAUGGCGUAAUUUAGGUCACGAUCCAAAGCUUUGCGAGUCGGCUUUAGAGCAUCUGAAGCAGAUUAUGGAACGCACCCAGCUGUUCACUGAGCAGCCUACAGCUUCCGAUUCUACUGUCAGGAUCGCUACUCUUCCCCCUCUCUCAGCUAUUUGUGGUCUCACUGAACUCAUUCACGACCUGAGACCUGCCGCUAAGAGUGAGCAAGAAGACAAGGAAUGGGAAACAUUGGAAGUGAGUGAACCAGAAGAGGAGCAACAAUCCUGGCCAGAUUCCCAGAAAAUUAUUGCAGAGAAUUUCCCAUCCUUAACAGCGCUCCUCUUACUCUCGUAUGGUUCCUACGUAGGGGUCGUGGCACCGUUACACCAGACGGGGGGCACGAACUCAAAGAGUGCCUUUAAUUUCAUCCCAAACAGAGGGGCAACUGGGCUGGUGCCAACAAAAAUUGUUCUGCGGUGUCUUAGGUCACUAAUAGACGUCAUAAACUGCAAAUCUCUCAGUGUUGUUCUGGCAAACAAAAUCAGAGAUGAAGAAGAAGAUACCACUGAGAUAUUCCUGCAUAGCAUAUCAGAAAUCACAGCGAUGUUAGUUCAUGAAGCGCCUAAACACGUAGAGAAGCUAGUCACCCAUCUAGACUCUCACCAUGCCUAUGAGAUGCAGAGAGUUACUGUUGCAGCUGUCUUUGCUCAGUUGAUUGCUGAAAAGUGUGGUGGAAACUACGAACUUCUGGAAAGUAUUACUGACGGUUUGCUGUCGAGGUUGAAUGAUCGAUCGGUACAUGUCCGGCGUCUGGCUGUGCGAGGACUUGCCAACUUUGCGCAUCUUCAGCAAAAUCAAACAUAUUUCCCUCAGUGGUUUGGGGUUUCAGAGAAGCUUACCGAAAUUAUCACCGCUCUUGUGGGUGCCACCGAUCAACGUGAAGGAGGAGGCACUGACAACAGUAACGUGGAAACUCAGGUUGCCUUGGAAGCCUUGAGGGGUCUUGCUGCUCUCCUUCCCCGUCUGCCUCAGGAGACAGUCCUCCAGCACACGCCCACACUCCUCAUCAGGAUCAGGCUUUUCUCCGAGAAGUCGUCUGGUGAGGUCCGUGAAGCAGGACUGGGUGUUCUGCGGGGCCUUGCUUCAUCUGUAGGAAGUACAGAAGAGUUCCGAGAGCAGUUGCAUCUUCACCUGUUGGCUUCUCUGGUUCACUUGGCUGAUCCUUACCCUCCAACUGUUGUGAUGUGCAAGAGUGCUCUGCAGGCACUGGGUCCACACCUGGGCUCUGAAGCAAUGAACUCGAUGUUCCAGAAUCAUUUGAUACCAAGUGGGGUGUUGAACUAUCAUCAGUUCAUCACAGACCUGACCAAACAUAUGGUAACGGAUUUAAAGGAUCAUCUCGGGUUCUUUAUCCAAGCUACAUCUGCUUACUUUAAAAGUCCUGAACCAUCGUUACGGAGAGCUGCUGCUUUAUUGAUCGGCAAUCUUGUUUACCACUGUGAGAGCUGUGAGGAUCUGAACAUAUCAACAGUCAGCCAUGGGUUAUCGUUUCUCCUGCGAGACCAGGAUCCAUCUGUUCGCACCGCUGCGGCCAUUGCCAUACCCCUACUCUUUAGGCACAUUGACCUUAUGUAAACAUUCUAGCUAUGCAAUGCAUGAUGUUGUUCAGAUUGUGUCUUCUCCUACCAUGCAUCUUUUACUUUGUAUAUUAUUUUUAAAAAUAUGUAUUUCUUUUGGCAAGAUAAUGAUUAUGCUUCAUUAGUAUGUACAGAAUCAGUAUGUAUGUAUGUGGUGUGUGUCAGCACACACACGCACACACACACACACACACACGCACACACACACACACACACACACACACACACACACACACACACACACACACACACACACACACACACACACACACACACACACACACACACACACACACACACACACACACACACACACACACACACGCACGCACACACACACAUGUGUAGUCAAGUCUUUCUGUAGCUAAAGUUUCACUUUUACAAGUAUCAAAAGAUUAAAUUACAUGAGGUACUUUUCAGAACUUCCUUAAAAAAAAAUAGUAAAAAAAUACAAUAAUAGCUAGUUAAACAGGCAAUAGUCAAAUCAGCUUUUGGAUCCUCCUAACUUGCUACAAUGAUAGUGCAUGUCAUAGGCUCUCUUUGUUAGCACAACUUACUUGGAAGCAUUAUACUCAAUUUAUGGAUCUUUUCUCAGCUAUUGUCUUUUCUACAAGGAUCACUAUUUCGAUUAAACAUUUUGCAGAAUAUGUGACACAAAACUAUAGCAACAGCAAGUCAGUGAUUCCCUUUCAUGGUUUCCUGGAAUCUUAAUGCUUAAUAGAAGUCGAAUCUUUAGGGUUUAGUGUCACUCGGCUUAAAAUGCACUUUGUUUUUUUUUUCGAGGAGGAUUAUUUGAUAUUAUUAGUACGUGUGCAUAUGAUCAUGCAAAUGUACAUGUGAUAUUUGUUUCGAUAUGAUUGGAAAGAACUGAUAUUAGAAUUUCAGACGCUUUAUUUCAGUUAACGGAUACUCUUAAUUAGUUACGAAAGGUUUUGAUUCCUCGUUACUCAUGAAAUGUGUUUAGAUACUUUCUUUGCAAUGCCUGAUGGCGAAAAAUAAAGAAAAGAGUAAAAAUCACAGAACACAUACAACCACUGACUGAUUUUUAGGUUUAUGACACUGUAAAUAUUCUUGGUAAGGAUGUAUUUUUAUACUUAUUGAUAUGUGUAUCCUAUAUAAUUAUACUUAGUUAUGUAUGCAUGGUACUUUGUGCUAUAGAGAUAUGCAAUACAGGGACUGAUACCCUGAAGAGAUGCAACUGCUUUCAUGGCAGUGCCUAAGCAAAUGCAAAUAUUCAGAUUGUAUGUAUAUUUAUGUCUGUAAGUAUAUAAAGUAAAAUUCAGUUAUUCAGUGGCUCCCUGUAUCCAAAAUAUUGCAACAUGCACUCAUGGACUCAAAUAUCUGCAUUUAUAAUUUAGGGUCACUUGAGAAACAAAAAUAUAUUUUUACCUGUGGACAGUAAUAUCAACAUUUACUGAAUGCUAUGGCCUUUGGCCUUUUCUAAAAGCCUUUACUGUUAUACUCCUUUAUGUCAUAUGCAUCAUUUUAAUAUUGAUUUAUCUUGAAAAGCAUUCUCAAGUAACCAUAUUGAAGAAGACGUGAAUAGUGCUGGUUUUACACUUAUUGAUUGUAUAUCUGUACUAGUGUAAUUAUAAUAGUGUGUCAUUGUGGUUGAAAGUUAAUUGGAGUAAUAUAUUUUUUAUAGUUUCAUAAUACUCUUGGAGCAGAAGACAAUAGAAGAAAGUCAAAGAACAAAAGAAAUAAUAUUUCUAUUUGUGUAUAUAUGUUCUUCUUCUUCAUCUUUUUUUUUUAAGUCAUUUGUAAAUUUUUAUUAUGAAGUUAUUAUUGCCAUUAGAUUAUGAAUCAUGGUGACACUUGAUGUUAUUGGUGAAUUACUGAUGCAUUUUAGAUGAUUUCUUCCUCUUUCCUUCCUCCCUUUCUUCUUAUUUCUUGUUUUCCCUGUUGUCACGUAACACUGGAAUUCUACCAGUCUUUUGAAAGGGCACUGACUUGGUUUUAUCCAAAUAAAUGUCAGUCUUCUUCAAAAACCUGUUGUCUGCUGCUCUCAAACUCUUUGGUUGUCAAUAUUGUGCCAGUGUAGAGGCUCAGAACUUUUAGUCUGUUGUAAGUGACCUCAAUUAUCAGCUGGUCAGUCUACCUAAUUUAAACAUUUGUAAUGGUAAUUGUAAUCAGAUGUGAUAUGAAACUUGGGUAAUAUUAUAUUUAAUGGACAAAGCCAGCUUCAACUUGUGGCGGGAGUAACCUAAUUGUCAGUGUAGUAGUUAAAUAAGUGUUCUCUGUUUACUGUUGCAGUAAAAUCUCUGGUAAUUUAUGUCAUGUAUAAGUUUUUUUUUCAGCACGUAUAUGUACAUGUUUGAGACUAUGUAAUUAUUUUUAAUGGGUUGUGAUGUAGAUAUGGAUACUGGUAAUGUUAGCACACAUAUCAGUUUGUUAAGGUGAUGAUUCAGAGUUUGAAGGUGCUGAUUGUAAAUGUAUUUAGUCAUGCACUGUAAAAGUAUUGUGCCUUUCAAUGUAUUGUUCUUUACAUAGCUGCUGCUCGUUUUGAAAAUUUUAUUUAAUCAGAUCUUGCAGUGUGUUUGCCUUUUCUCUUGCCAAUUUUAUUCUCUCACUAAGAACUUGAGUGGAUAAGUUCUAUAUACACAGUGUGUUAAGCUGCACAAUGAAUAUAUAUGCCUUGUAACUAAUAGUGCCAUCUGUGCAAUGUUCUAUACAACACUUGCUUUACAUUUUAAAAGCUGUGUAUUGCACGAUUAAGAUAAUGAACAAAGUAGCCAGCAUAUUACAUACUACCAAGUUAGUGCCAAAUAUAUCAAUGGAAAUAUAGUUUGUCCUAAUUAUUGGACCUGCUUUAGUGUGUGCCUGUGCGUGCAUUUAUUUACUUUUUUCUCUUCUUUUUCCUCUUAGGGAGAGAGUGGGGGUCAUAUUUAUUUGCUGGCAGUUAACCAAGUGAAAUGAUAGAAGCCUGUUUUAGGUUUCCAAGGAACUAGACUAAAAGAGAAUCAAGUAUGAAGAUUUACCUAUCCACAGAGAAUCUUUUAAUGCAAGUGACACAGUUUUUUUUUUUUUUUUUUUUUUUACAUAUAUGUAUAAGAUCUCUAUUUUCUUUUUUUCUAUUUUUGACAAAAGGUAUGACUUACACCUUACAUUAAAUAGGCAGGAUUUAAGGCGACAAUAACAACUGAUACCAUCAAAGCACAGGUCUAUUUGGUAUGUUUAAUCAGUGAAGAAGGGGCAUGGAUACCAAUUUUACUUUAUGUUGUUAUUACUAGGAUAUACUGAGAAUGGUAUCAUGGCCAAAUCAUUGGGGGAGAAUUUAUAUAUAUUUCAUUGAUAUAGUCCUGUUUUAUUGUUCAGAUGUUUAUAAGUACUACUACCAUAGAUAUGAAGGUAAUGCAUGGAUCAGUGUAACUUGAGUCAAUGUAUGAGCAGGCUGAAGUGACUGAGCUAGCUUCAUAUUUUUAGUGAUUAGUGUUUUUUUUUUAUAUCCAGUGAAAAUUACAGCAUUUUAAAAAUGUAUUUUCAGAACUAAUUAAGACAAUAUAUAAGCAUAUCUACAGACAGCCAUAAUAUGAUAUCUAUGAUAAUGAUGAUAGUAGUAAUAAGAAAGCAGAUUAUAAAAUCUUUGUCUUUUCUGUAUCUUUUUUUUUCUUUCUUUCUUUCUUUCUUUUUGUCCUUUGUUAGUUCAUAUUCUUGUUUUCCUUUUCUUUUCUUUUCAUCUUUUUCAUUUUCAUCGCCCUAUUUCCUUUUGUAAAAAGUUGGAGAACACAUGGUCGGUCUCAUUCAUAUGAAAACUGUAUCUUUUUUUGUUCCACUGUGAAAUAUAUACUUGGAGCAUUUGCAGUACCACAUUGGCUGUAUGGUGAUGGACGCUGGCGGAAAAAAAAUGCAUUUUUUAAGUUUUUGAGCUUUAAUACUUUGAUAAAUACAAAGCUUUGGAGAUAUUAUAUUUUUCCUUUAGCCAGGGAAUUGUAACUUCUUGACCCAACCAUGGAAUUAAGUGAAAUGAACAAGGAUGAUAUUAAAAUUGUUAAUAUAGAUUAUCCUUAUUGAAUUAUUAUCACUUAGGUUUUAUGAGAAUUGUUUUUAUGGGUAUCAUGCAAUUUUUGUCUUUCAUUUGAUUUAUCUUACAUACCAGUUUAGAAAAAUGUGUUAUAUUGGUAACAAUAUUACUCAAUGUUGCUAAUCAUGAUUGUAAAUCUAUACUUUUCAGAUGAUAAUAAAUUGUGCUUAUUUCA